AUGGGAGAUAGAAAAGACGAUGUUAGAAUCUACAUAAUCUUCGUCUUCUUCUUCUUCUGCAGCACCGCCGGCGGAAUCCUCCUCUGCCUCUACAUCUUCGUCCCAUCUGCCCACAAGGGUGAAUCAUGGUUUGCCAUUCUCGGCCUCGUCCUCGUUGCAAUCCCAUGGAUCAUUUGGUUUCUCAUUUAUCUCUACCGCUGCUUCAAACCCAUGGUCGAUGCCGGCGGUCAUCAAUUCCGUCGCCGGAACAGUCAUGAUAAUAAUAAUAAUAAUAAACCCUCCUCCGGUACGCCAAAAUCUGCCGCCGCACCAUCAGAGGCCGUUGCUCGGCCUUCUGUCAGCAGCUACGAGUCCGUUGCCACUCAUUCCCAAAAUAAUGGCGGCGGUGGAGGCGGGGAGCGCCAUGUGCAUUUUGGAGCCGUGGUGGUGGUGGAGAACGGAUCAUCCCGUGGCAGUAAUAGCACCCACAGCCAAAGACAGCAUCAGACGGUUGCCGUGGACCGCCAUGAAGAGUUUUCCAGCGAGUUAGAAUGUACGGACCGUGAAGAGGCAAUGUCAGAGAGUGAAAGACCUUUAACUUCCGUCACUCGAUCGUGA